AUGACUUCAUUUCCCCCCCCCACAGAUUGUACCGAGUCAUAUGAGAAUGUUAUUCCAUGCCAGAUGAACAGAACUGCUUUUAAGGGAGAGACGGUUAUUUUACACUGCAAUGGAAAUCUGACUAGUAAACGGACUAUUGUAGAUUUUGGUUGGCGUAAAGACAGGACUCUUCUUUUCAUCUACAGCCCAGACAAAAACGAAACUGUGACAAACUACACAUCAAGCAGGAUGCAGGUUGACCCCAGGAAUCCAAGAAAACUACAGAUAUCUGAUGUACAGCCUUCAGAUGCAGGAUUAUACUCAUGUUUUCCAUUAGACAUGCAGUGCAUAUUGACCAUAGAAGACAGCCCACACACAGAAAUACAAGAGAAAGUAGGGUCAUUCUACGUAGUAUUCUCAGUAAGCACAGUGUGUCUCUUUAUCUUCUGUGCCGUGUGUUUUCAUGGGAAAUGCAAAGGAAGAGCAGCCUCUGAUCCAACUAAAACUAGCAAUGAACUUGCGUAUAAAGAUUAUGUCCAUCACAGUACUACCCAGUCAUAUGAGAAUGUUAUUCCACACCAGAUGAACAGAACUGCUGUUGAUGGAGAGACUGUUAUUUUGCACUGCGAUGGAAAUCUGACUAGUGAACUUGUAGAUUUUGGUUGGCGUAAAGACAGGACUCUUGUGUUUUCCUACAGCCCACAUAUAAACCAAACUGUGAUCGACUACACAUCAAGCAGGAUGCAAGUUGACCCACAAGAAAACUACAGAUAUCUGAUGUACAGCCUUCAGAUGAAGGAUUAUACUCAUGUUUUCCGUUAG